AUGCGUUUCUCUCAGUUCAUCCUUCUCCCUUUGCUGGCUUUCAGGGCCGUUGAAGCUUCGCGUGCGGACAACCUGAACGAAGUCGCCCAGUCUGGGCCAUCGCCCGGUGGGGCAGGCCACCGGCGUUCUGCCGAGCCCGAGCCCGACGCCAGGUCCGGUCCUUCCCCGAAGGGGCCAGGACACCGGCGAGAUGUAGACGACAUCGAUCAGAUAGACCAGUCAGGACCGUCCCCUCGCGGACGAGGCCAUUGA